AUGACUCUCCGUCGGUGUGACAGCUUGCCCACGAGACUGCGGGAGGCGCCUGUCCCAAGCCCCGACAAUUUUCGACCCUUCUCCCAUAAAAUAUCGGACUCGAAUACUGUCCCAAAUUUCAAUGGCACGCUCGUACGGGAUGAAGUUAUAGCUACUUGGAAGUCCUUUCACAGCGACGUCACGAAAAUAAAAAAUGGCCAUCCAAAAAAUGAUUUCUCAAGAGAGGAAGUCGAGACUAAAGAUAGAUAUCAGAACAGUCGCAAACGACAGAAGAAAAUCACCUAUGAGAACAAGCAUAUAUCGAUUGCGUGUCAAGAUGUCGACAGGAGUUCAUCCUUCCCCCUGGACGUGGGCAAAUGUCCGAAUAACAGACGCGCGAGCACGGCACGAAGACGGACCCUAUUGGAACGCCUUCUCUCCUGGAGGACCCCGGAUUGCGACUGCCAGGGGCGCUGCGUGUCUAAGACCAAAUCGAAUCGUUCAGACUUCUUGUGCACGUGCGGUGUCGCGAAUCGGACAACGCACAGACAGAAUUACGCGGAGCGCGGACGCUCGAAAAGUGUCGGUUACGAGGUUACUCGCGAAGUUACCCAGUUCCGUCGGUGUGCGAGUGCUGGUGCUACGGUAGGAGCGGAAACGGCGGCGGCUCUACGGGCCCGUGCAGCCCUUACUUUGGCCAGACGGUAUUACCCAGAAGGUGGAUGGGGCUGGACAAUUACUGUCGUUGGGACGAUAGUUCAGAUACUCUCUCAUGGACUGCAGCUCGGCGGUGGAACUGGGGCGAUAGCGUGCACUGCUGCUAUCAAAUAUCGUGCUGCACCACUUUACACCUACGGUAAGUGA